AUGAAUGAUUUUAGAGCUAAAGUGAGCUAUGACAGUCCUUGUGACUCUGAUAACGACUGGACGGACUCUACUGACGACUCGAAAUAUUCCGACUCUGAAAGUUCUGUACCUGAAUGGGAUUCAGAUGUUGGGGAGGAUGGUGAAUUGAUGUUCAUCAAAGUGAAGGUUAACAGUAAUUCUAACGAUGUAACGAAGGUACCACUGCUUGAGAGCUGUGAAGCUUUCAAAUUGAGAAACAAUUUCAAAAGAUCUUCUACAAGAAGGUCUACAAAAGGCAGAAUCUUUAAAGUUCUGAAGGUCCGCAAAACUAGAAAUAUUGAUAGUGCAUUUGAAAGGAAGUCUGAUAACACAAAUUCACCAAACAAUAAGAACCUCUUUGCUGAAGAUAGUAACAGACUUGUUGUUGUACAGAUAAGCAAGAAUAUGAUAUUCCCCAGUGACAAAAACUGCCAAAUUGAAAAACUAUUUGGAAUCAAAUUAGAGACACAUUCAGAUGGCAAAACACUGGUAGUAGCAGACUUCUUGACAGAAGCCAAAACUCUUUACAUACCAAGGGUAAAAACAGGGUUCUACUUAAUCAAAGUGAAUGGCAUUGAAAUAAAUGCUUAUAACGUCAACAGCGUAUUACAGAGAGUCAUAGAAGACAUUGAAAAUUCGAAGUUAACUUUUCAAGUAGUCAACGAACAAUACACCAUUGAUAUAGAAAAGUUGCUGAUGUCAAAAGCUCCCGAAAACACCCUUAUACAAUUAAUAAGAGAUGCUUCCUGCUCUAUACUUUAUAUUUGCUGCAAUGACAUAGAAUAUCACGGCAAUGACGAUAAAGGGGUGUUAUAUUGCUACCCAAGACCUUUUAAUCAAAAUUUUUUGUAUAACACUAGGGGUGCCUAUGUGACAUUGAAUCAUCUAGCACCAAAAUCUCUAGGAACCAGUGAACCUUUAAGUUCAACUGUGUUACAUAACAAUACACUUAUAAAUGUUACUUACAAGUCUUAUUACAGUGAUUUAUUCUUAAUAGCAUUUCCGCACAAGAAAGUCGAUUUAUUUGCUGCAAAAAAAGUUUGCAAUGACAUUGUAAGAAUGUUGCAAUUUUUAUAUGGAUCCCUGAAAUCAUGUUUUACAAAACCAAACAACGUUGAUAAAUUGGAUACUUUAUUUUCUCGUAUAUUUGUGUCAUUACUGAACGAUUCUUGUAAAGAGCAAAGUACAGAUGGUAAGAUAAGGAAUAUGGUGCAGUUUGAAAAUAUACUCGCUGCUCAUGGAGUGUUGCUACCAUUAGAAGUUAAAAUACAAGUUGAUGAUGCCAUAACGGAGUUAGAAGCCGCUGAUUAUCGUGAAUGGACUGACGAUGUGGAUAACUUCCAAAGGCUUUACACUGUUAUUGGUUCAUGUUUGUUCUAUUCAGGACAUUUGCUAAGUUCACAUUUGCAAGAUUUUGAUCUGGUGGAAAUUAAUACUUAUCUGGAGCUAAAUGGUGUAUUAAGACUUAGCAUUGAAAAGGAGUUGGAAAAGUUAGUUAUUUGGAAAGAGGUUUUUAUAAGAGAACAUAGGGAAAAGAAGAAUGAUGGCAAUGAAUACAGGAUACCAGAUGGACGUUGGUUUUUACUAGUUGUUGGAAAAGGACAUUUCGUUUUGGCUACGUUGAUGGAAUCGGGAGGAUGUACUGAAGACACUACAGGCAUAACACCACCUUCUCCUUUUUACGUUGAAGAGUGUGAGAGCUGCCUCGAUCUCCUGUACGACGUGGGCCUGGACAAGUACUUAGCAUCUUGGUUCUCUUCCAAUACGCAGCCUCAAGUGGAAACAUCGCCAGAAUUCUUCACAAAGCAAGGGAAAAAAAUGAGGGAAGUCAGUACUGUAAAACCAGAAACAAGUUUCAAAUCAACAACAUUAAAGUUGUCAAAAUCGCAGAUCGACAUAAAACGUCGUCACAACUCCUCGGAACAAAUUAACAUUGGCAUGAGCGAUAACUCUAUAAACUAUGGAAGCCAUCAUAGCCUAUACAACCCUUGGUAUAAUAGUAAGCAGUACAGGCAUUCUACUCAUUCUAGUAAUUUGGAUGUUAGCUAUUCUGAGGACUCGAAUAGUUUGAAGAGUAGUGAAAUAAUUGAAGAACGCGUCCAAGGAAGACGAGCAGACAGAGAAAGGAAUCGUCGGGAUUCUUCAGGUUCCGAUUCUGAUUGGGAUAGACAGGAGGGUAGCGGAACAAGUAGCAUUAUCGACGUUUCGGAUAUUCGCAAGUCUCUAUUGAACGAAAUUGAUCGCGUAACUGUGCAUAGAAUAACAGCAGGCGACGAAAACGUUUUAUUCCAUUUCGUACAACUGGAAUCUGAGAAGGGAAUUCUAAUAUCGCCCGUGAAAAACAUCGAGGCUCAAGCGAAUAAUGCAUUAUAUUCUUAUAUUGUGAAGACAUUCAGAGCUGCUUGCAAAAGCAUACACGAUUUACUGCAACAGAGCACAAGGUUCAAGAAAAACCACGCAUCGUCCCAUUCACUCAAUAAAAUUUUAGUGGCUGUCAAAGAACAAGGAAUGUUAUUUCAAGCACCACAAGAAAUUUUGAAUCGAUGUGGGGUCAAGAAGAGCUCGGAGCCUUUUCAGUUUUGGGUUACAGGGAGGGUUUUCAAUGAACCAGAAUCAAGAGAACUCUACGUGUGCUACCACGACUCCAUACCACAAGAUCUUACAGAAAUCGCUUACAUGCUGUCAUAUUUAGAAAGUUAAGAAUAAUUAUUUGUUAAAUAACGUGUUAACGUUGACAUUUUCUCUAUACAAAGAUUAAGUACGAGUAAUUUUUUUCCUCGUUCAUUACCGGUUCGCCACAUUGGGUUUGUGAAACAUUCCUGCUAUACAAUGCUACAUACCUGGUUUUGUAACUGGAAUAAUUUUCCUCUCCCAACACUGGUAAUAUUACUGUUAUGUAUGUACACAGACAUAUAUCUAAUGUCUGUGCUUAUGUACGGGUAACAAGGGGUUCCGUCCAUAUUACUUGUUAUUUGUAUUAUAGGUUAAGUGCUAGUUUAAUAUUUUUUUACACACAUUAUUUACAAAAUAAAGAACAU